AUGGGUCAUCGUCACUCUCGACCGAAAGUUCCUCACAAGGAUGUCCCUACUGCUGUUACAGUCAGGUCUGAUACUAGACGCAUACACAUCGGCCGCACACAAAGGGACACCUCGAUCCAACCUCACCGAAGGAGCACCCGUGAACCGAGAUUGCUCUCCGAAUUGCCGUCUGAGUAUGCGCGAUGUGCGGACGUCGGUAGAGAUGCAUCGCCGAUCGAACCACAGACCAAAUCAGAACUGGUCCCUCCACCCGUAGACCCUCCGCAGUACAAACUAGACUCGCUUGGUCCCCUCGAGUCAUUCAAUGGAUCCAUAAGGGAUAGUGGUUCAUCGGAAAGAGGCGAAGAGACUCUGACGACUCCGCAAGUCCAGAUCCAGGGCCCGCCAUCUGCUCGACGUCCCGGUAUUGCGAACUUCGUCGAACAAUCACAUGCACUCAUUACACCAAGAGAAACAAUCGAGGACGAUCCGACAACGCCUCAGCUACAGUCACAGGAUGCGUCAUCUGCUCAAGGUCCCGAGAUUGCGGACUUCUUCAAACAAUUCCACGCACCCCUUACUCCAAGCCAUGUACUCGUGAGCAGCGCCGGAAGUAGUACUGCAGCGAGAAGCAAUGACGCUCCACCAGUGCCGACAUUGAGGUAA